AUUCUUGUUUUAAAAACUGUCGUAAUUGGCAUUAAAAAUCCAUUUGGAAACUAGCCCAGAAACUGUAAACUUCUUCCUAAAAUAUGGCUCCACAGUUUCUCUUCUUAUUCUUCCUAUCUAUUAUUUGUUUCUGCUCUUCUGGGAUAUUUCUGUGCCCAGCUGAAGCUAAUAAGCAGAUAGAAUUUGAAAGACAAGAACAACAUACAUUACAUAUGAUGCACAGAGGACUACUUUACAAAGCAAUUCGACACGAUUUCACUGAUGCACCAGCAACCUUUCCUACGACACCGGUGACCAAUCCUGUGACGACCCCCGUCACAAAUCCUGUGACGACCCCCGCAGUGAAUGCCCCUCCGGCCAAUCCCGCUCCCGAUAUUGUCACCGUUCCACCUGCAAAUCCCAUCACAGUUACCCCGUCACCACCUUUCACGAACGCAGUGCCAGUCCCAGUCUCGAAUACUGGUCCAGUCAAUGGCGGAAUACCAGUAACCAAUCCAGUCACUACUCCUAGUACCAAUGCGGGAGGUCAGCCCGUGAGUAAUCCGGUGACAACUUAUCCCACCCCGACAGGAGGUAUACCUGUCACAAAUCCGGUGGCUCCUCCCACAACCACUAGCCCGAUUACCAGCGCACCUGCAGUUCCGGGGCAGAGCUGGUGCAUUGCAAAGAACGGAGUUCCAGAGACCACACUUCAGUCAGCACUCGAUUAUGCUUGUGGGCUUGGAGGCGCAGAUUGUUCGGCGAUCCAACAAGGUGCAAACUGCUAUAAUCCCACCAGUUUGCAAUAUCAUGCAUCGUUUGCCUUUAAUAGCUAUUAUCAGAAAAAUCCAGUGCAAACUAGCUGUGAUUUCGGGGGUACUGCUGUGACAACAAAUGUUAAUCCAAGCACUGGUUCUUGCAUUUUCCCAACAUCAUCAUCCUCUACAUCAUCAUCAUCAUCAUCAUCAACGACAUCCCCGAUCACGGCAACUCCAAUGCCAACAACAGGAACCUCAUCUGGAGCAGCCCCUGGUUCAAUUAGUCCGUCAAUCUUAAAUAAUAGCAAUCCUGGAUAUGGAGGCACCACAGCAGGCUUUGGUGAAAGCCCUUCAAGUGCCAACGCUUCAAUUUCCUCAUCGAGUAGUUUGCAGCCAUUUAUUGGCUGCAUCAUUUCAGUGACAUCCAUUAUCACUGGAAGAUUUGUUUUUGAUAUUAGAGGCAACCUUCUCCAUACAUAAAUGGAUCAGAUGACCAUUGCACAAGUAGUGUAUCAGUUUUGGGCUGUACAAAUGUUUGCAGAAGAAGGAAAUAGUCAAGAAUUCUUGGUGCUCGGCUCUCAUCAGUCAUUUUCUGCUCAAGUUUCGAACUGAAUAGCACUAGAUGCAGUUUCUACAUGUACUCUACUAGUUCUGCAGCUAUAUAUUAGAUCAUCCUAAAAAAUACCUCGAGAGGGGCCAAUCAAUAGGAGCAGGACAGGAAGAAGCUGAAAUUGAAUAGGUUAUUAGAUGUAAUAGCAUGUUCCAUAUAGAUAUAUAUAAAUAAAGGUUUUCAAAUUAUUUGCUGCUCAUAUAA